AACAAACGACUCUUUUUUGCGAGAAAACGGAAAGUUUGCGGUGGUGGAUACGUGUUUAAUUUUUACAAACUGAAAUCGUUUCUCAUCAUUAAAUAUUGCCGGCUUUUCUAGCAAAUUCGUGAAAAUUAAAUGAUCUAACAGGAUCGAAUAAAAGUUUAGUUUGUAAUCAGUGAAACCAUGACUUUAUUGGAUUCGCUUCGGCGAUUCGACGCCUACCCUAAAAUUGAUAAGGAGUUCAGCAUUAGAACUGUUGGUGGAGCGACAUUAACAUUCAUCAGCGGAACGAUUAUCAUUGUUUUGAUAUAUUCUGAACUAAUCGCAUACUUAACGCCCGUUGUUACCGAUGAGCUGUUUGUGGACUCGACGCGUGGACAAAAGCUGAAAAUCAAUUUAGAUUUCUACAUUCCUAGAAUCUCGUGCGAUUAUGUAUCUCUGGACGCGCAGGAUGCCACUGGAGAACAACACCUUCACAUUGAGCACACCAUCUACAAACGAAGGAUGGACCUGAAGGGUAACCCGAUAGAGGAGGCCAAAAAGGAAGACAUAUCAGCGCCCAAACCGCGACUUGAGAAGAAAGAAGAAGAGGUCAAGAAAUGCGGAUCCUGCUAUGGGGCUGAGAAAAAUAGCACGCACUGUUGUGAAACCUGUCAGGACGUCAUCGAUGCCUACCGAGAGAAGCAGUGGAACCCCAAUCUAGAUGAUUUUGAGCAGUGCCAGAACGAGGUGCUGCUCGGCAAGAAGAGUCUAGAGUCGAAGGCAUUUAGCGAGGGAUGCCAGAUCUACGGUUCCAUGCAGGUGAAUCGAGUCGGAGGAAGCUUCCACAUCGCACCGGGGAAAAGUUUCUCCAUAAGUCACAUCCACGUGCACGACGUGCAACCGUUCUCGUCGAGCCGGUUCAACACGUCCCACCGCAUCAACACGUUGUCCUUCGGAGAGGAGUUCGGAUAUGGGCAAACCAGACCGCUGGAUUUCACCGAGGAAACGGCCCACGAAGGCGCCAUCAUGUUCCAGUAUUACAUAAAAAUCGUUCCAACGGAAUUUGUUCCGCUAAAUGGCCCUACACUGCACACCAACCAAUUUUCCGUGACAAAGCACCAAAAGAGUGUAUCUGUGAUGACAGGCGAAUCUGGAAUGCCGGGCAUUUUCGUCAACUAUGAACUGUCUCCGCUGAUGGUUAGAUUUACCGAGAAACGAAACUCUUUCAGUCACUUUGCGACGAAUCUCUGUGCAAUCAUUGGGGGUAUUUUUACCGUUGCUGGCAUAAUCGAUUCGUUACUGUUUACGUCGAUUCACGCCCUGAAGCGCAAAAUCGAAUUGGGAAAAUUCAGCUAAUGCCGGAUAAUGUGAUAACAAAUAGAAAACGAUCUGAUUCCAAAUCUUCUUCCAAUGCACAAAGGCAAAA